AGAGUUGAUAAGAUUGAUAGUUGAUUUUUGGUGAUAAUUGAAGGACAAAAUUAAUGUUAAUUAAACACCUCUUUCUUUGUGAAUUGACAAAUUAAUUUCUAAUCUAGUGUUAAUCUUUGAAGAAUUUCCGUCAAUCUAUAUUUGUAUUAGGUGUUAGUCCGGAUCACCAAGUCAUUCCAAAUAGUCUCCCCAAAUAGAGUUACCAUCAUGGGUCUUUUAUAUUACACUCAACUUACGGUAUAUGGAACAACAAUAUUUACUCUAUUAUGUUUUUCUCUAUAUUAUAUGUUAACCGGGAGAGGUUCUCGUAUGGGAGAUAUUCAAUGGCUUCUUGAAGGUAUUUCUCCUUAUAUGUGGUGUGCAUUGGGUAUUGGUUUAUCCAUAUCGUUGAGCGUUGUAGGAGCAGCCACUGGUAUUUUUGCCACUGGAGUAUCAAUUAUUGGUGGUGGUGUUAAAGCUCCUAGAAUAAGAACCAAAAAUUUAGUAUCAAUUAUCUUCUGUGAAGCUGUAGCCAUUUAUGGUAUUAUUUUAGCAAUUGUGCUUCUCAAUACUGUUGAACAAUUUAACCCUCUUAAAGCGGAAGAAAAUUUUGAGAUUAAAGCAAAAAAUUACCUCUCAGGUUAUAUCAUGUUCGGUGCUGGUCUAACUGUUGGUUUAAGUAAUUUAUUCUGUGGUAUUUCUGUUGGUGUUGUUGGAAGUGGAGCUGCUCUUGCUGAUGCCGCUAAUCCAUCUCUUUUCAUCAAGAUUCUUAUCGUUGAAAUUUUCGCCUCAGCCAUUGGACUGUUUGGUCUCAUUAUUGCCAUCAUCCUGACUGCCAAAAUUUCCAUGGGUAAUGCUUGAUUUGGAACAACUUAUAAGAAAACAAAAGAGAAAAUCGAAAAUCAAACAACCCCAAUUGAAAUAAUAGUCGAUCAUCAUUCCAUCAUCAUAUUGUUCACAAAGAAAUGCAAAUAUAUACAACAACCAACAGAAAAGAAAACCAUCUAAUAUGUAAGAAAUAAUUCACAAUCAACUUAAUUACCAACAUCAUUAACACACCAUCAUCAUCAUCAUCUUCAUCUUCAUCUUCAUGUUUGCUCUUCUUCUUCGUCUUCUGGUUCCUUUGUUUUUUUUUCUUGAUGUCUUAAUCGCCGAUCAAUUGUAAACAAAGAAAACACAUAAUCAUAUUAAUCAAGUCAAGGAUAAAGUCCAAGAUUUUUUUUUAUUUGGUCUCAAUCGUCGGCAUCGAAUGAUGUCUCUGUUAGUUAUACACAUAAUAUAGUAAUAACAAGAACACAACAACAACAACAGAAAACUAAUUAUACACAACAAUCAAAGAGUAACAAUUUUGCAACUCUUUGACAACAAUUAACAAAAGUGUAAUUGAUAACAUUUUUCCUCUUUUAAAAUCAGAGCCUAUGUUUUUUUGCUGGUUUGAUUCUCAGAUAAAUUGAAGUGUCAAUUGAAAUAUUUAAAAAAAAAUUCUAUGAUUAUUCGGAUCAAUAAAGAACUUCUGUUAAAUUUCUCAGAAUUAACAUGAA